AGCCCCAGCAGCCGCCUGGUGGUGAAGCGGUGGCCACAAGGCAGUGGCGAGGCCACUAGCUUCCGGCUGUUGCAGCGCAUUACUGAGCGAUCGCGACUUCUUUUCGUGGAAUGAGAAAUCUUGACCGUUGAAAUGAUUGAGAUUCGUGACAGAUCCUCUGGGGGCAAUUGGGUCCCGAAGGACGGUACGAGCCUCGAUUGGUCGGUUAACUUUCCGCGGAGGAGUAUUAGGGGAUUGAUGGCGGUGGCGAUAGCGAACGCUUUCGGUACUUCGCAACAGCUCCGCCACCGUCCUUCGGGACCUCCCAGCCUACCCCGUCGCCCCUUUGCCGGACGGUGGAGGCUCACCAUCUCAUCCCACGAUGAGGCCGUAACGGAGAAACCGUGCCUGCUGGGUGCAGCGGUGGCGUCCCAGUCGGUGGGGAAUUCCAGCAAGCAGCUUGCGGGCAAGCGGAGGGUCUUCUUCUUGGACGUGAAUCCCUUGUGCUUUGAUGGGUCCCGCCCGAGUCUCCGUUCCUUUGCGCGAUGGCUCGACCUUUUCUUCUCCGAAGUUAGCCUCCGGGAUCCCGUCAUCGCCGUAUUGGAUGGAGAAGAAGGGAAUGAGUAUCGGAGGCAUCUGUUGCCAUCAUAUAAAGCACACAGGAAGAGAUACUUGAGGCAAUCGCGGGUAUUGCGGAGUGCUCAUGAUACUUAUCAAAGCACCACCGAGUGCAAAGUUAUAGACGUUCUCCUGAAGUGCAACGUGCCGGUAGUCAAAGUUCAUGGAUAUGAGGCAGAUGAUGUAGUGGCAACAUUAACAGAUCAAGUUUUAAAAAAGGGAGCACGAGUUGUUAUUGGGUCUCCUGAUAAAGAUUUCAAGCAGUUGAUAUCUGAAGAUGUUCAAAUUGUGAUGCCCAUGCCUGAUUUUGGUCGAUGGUCUUUCUACACAUUGAGACACUACAUUGAUCAGUACAAGUGUGAUCCAAGUUCUGAUUUGAGCCUUCGGUGUUUCAUCGGUGAUGAAGUUGAUGGUGUUCCUGGGAUUCAGCAGUUGGUUCCUGGAUUUGGUCGCAAGACAGCCCUCAAACUCUUGAAGAAACACGGCUCUUUAGAAGAUUUACUUAGUGCAGCUGCAAUAAGAACAGUAGGCAAAGACUAUGCACAAAAUGCACUCACAAAAUAUGCUGAUUAUCUGAGAAGAAAUUAUAAGGUUCUUAGCCUAAGGAGGGAUGUUAAUGUUCAGCUUCAAGAUGAUUGGUUAUCAGAAAGAAACACUAGCAAUGACUUGGUAAUCUUGUCAAACUUUCUCAGAAAGUUGGGGGAAAGGCCUGAAGGCCAGAAGCUAAAUAACAGAGAAAGAAGCAAAUCCUUUGAGAGCAGAAUCUCAAAGGGUGAUCGAUCUGUAUAACUCGGUGAUGGUUGAGGACAACAACUGCUUGACCAAGCAGAUAUUUUGUUUGGUUUCCAGCCUAAAGGAAAUAGCUAUUCAUGCAUUGCAUCAAUGAUGUCUUUAUGCUGCCUUCUUCACCGAGAUUAUACCUCAAAGGGAGAGUUGUAUCAGGUUGUGCUUCAUGCCUAUAUAUGAACUUUUUUUGCAUUUCUGCACCAUUGACCAUGUCCGUAACAUCAUCUGCCUUCCCUGACCACUAGUGGAAUGACACACAGUGGGCCUCUGAGACAAAGCAUAUGCGGAAAUUAUUUAGCCUAUAUUCAUAUACUGCACAGUGUUCAAAGGGUUCAUACUGUGGAGCCCAACUAAGACAUCUGCCCUCAGGACUGCUUGCAGAGGUGCUAAAGUUUAAUAAGAUGACACUACUGGAUCAGAUGAUAGGUGGAAUCUGAACACUGAUGAGGCUUGUUCCUUGUACUGACUCAAUUCCUGGUGAAAGCCACAUGAGGUGUUUUCACUUUCUUGUCUUCAGUUCCAACUCUUGAGACACAUCACAUGAACUGGCAGAUCUCAGAAAUGAGGAGCUUUAGUUCUGCUCAGAGCUCAAACAAGCAGAAUCAUGUUCUUUGAGCUUAUAAGAGGACAUGAAGGUGAGGUUUGUCCUAAAUCAUUUAAAGCAGUGUACUGAUCUGGACAUGGAAGAGUUCCAGGUUGGUGUAGAAUGAGCAACUUGGUGACUUGAAUUAACAUUGAAUUCCUAAGUAGUGUCAGAGAUUUUAGCA